CCCUCCAGGACUCUCACUCCCUUCUGAGGCUGCGGGCCAUCAGGACCAGAACCUCACGCGACAUACUGGCCACACGUUCCUUAUUAUUCUGUUAUAUUUUCUGACCAUGUUCUGUUCAAUGUUUACAGGAAACCCUGUGACGUGUUUGACAGCAGGGGGCGGUACCGCUGCGGGUGGACGCACAGGAGGAAGGAGGAGGAGAAGAACCCGGACGUGGUUUGUCAACACCGCCUCUGGAGAACUAACUUUCUGACGCACCGUGACGUUACAACCCGGUUUAAUGAGUUAACGCGUUUCUCUGAUAAACCGCUGUUAUUCAGAACCGGAUCCAACAUGGCGGCGGUGGACGUGGAGGACGAGAGCAUCCUGGCGUCGAUCUUUAAGGACAGCUUCCCGGACAGCAGGAGGGACAACCCGGACUUCGCGGCCUACCUGUCCGAGCUGAGCUCCUUCGGGCUGGACAAGCUGGUCCGGGAGCCGGAGCGUCUGGCGGAGGAGCGGGCCCAGAUCCUGCAGCAGACCCGGGAACUGGCCUUCUCCAACUACCAGACCUUCAUCCGGACCGCAGACUGCACCGAGCACAUCUACCGGGACUUCGGCCGGGUGGAGGGCAGCGUGUCCCGGCUGCUGGACAAGCUGCCCGGCUUCGGGGAGAGAUGCAGGGGGUUCAUGAAGGAGGCGGAGGAGAUCGGGGUCAGUCGCCGGAUGAACAGCCUCACGCUGAACCGUCACACCGAGAUCCUGGAGAUCCUGGAGAUCCCUCAGCUCAUGGACACCUGCGUCCGCAAUGGCUACUACGAGGAGGCUCUGGAGCUGGCGGCGUACGUCAAGAGGCUGGAGAGGAAGCACUCCUCGCUCCUAGUCAUCCAGAGUAUCGUGCGUGAAGUGCGUCAGUCGACUCAGCUGAUGCUCAACCAGCUGCUGCAGCAACUGCGCAGCAACUCGCAGCUUCCUGUCUGCCUGCGCGUGAUUGGCUACCUGCGGAGGAUGGACGUGUUCACGGAGGCGGAGCUGCGGGUAAAGUUCCUGCAGGCGCGCGGCACCUGGCUGCACUCCAUCCUCGCCGCCAUCCCUGAAGACGACCCCUACUUCCACAUUACCAAAACCAUCGAGGCCUGCAGAGUCCACCUCUUCGACAUCAUCACCCAGUACAGAGCCAUCUUCUCUGACGAGGACCCGCUGGUGCUCCCCGCCAGCGGACAGAUCGCAGUGAACGAGGGCGCCAUUUUCCACGGCUGGGUGGUGCAUAAGGUGUCUGAGUUCCUGGAGACUUUAGACAGGGACCUGCAGCGGGGCGUGGGGGGCCGUCUGGACUCCCUGCUGGGUCAGUGCAUGUACUUUGGCCUGUCCUUCAGCAGGGUUGGGGCGGACUUCCGCGGGCAGCUGGCGCCCAUGUUCCAGCGCGUGGCGGCGGAGACGUUCCGCAAAGCCGUGCAGGAGGCGGUGGAGAAGUUCCAGGAGGACAUGAACCUGUACAUGCUCACCUCCCUGCCCUCGGUGCUGGGAGCGACCAUCCCCCCCGUGGCCCCCGGCACCCAGCCCGGCACCCUGCAGCCCCCGAUGAUGCUGCUGGACUUCCAGCCGCUGGCCUGGUUCCUCAACAACAUCCUGACCGCCUUCAACGACCUCAGACUCUGCUGCCCCGUCGGACUGGCUCGUGACGUCACCACGUGUCUCGAAGACGGCCUCAAGAUGGUGACCCGUCAGAUUCUGGUGUUCCACCGGGCGGAGGAGUCGGCCUUCAGCAGCAGGGAGAAGGAGCUGUUCCUUCAGUUCUGCUGUUCGUACGCUGACGACCUGCUGCCGUUCCUCAACCGCUGUCUGCAGGUCCUGUUUCCUCCGGCUCAGCUCGCUCUCAUUCUGGGUGUUCCUCCGACUCAGCUGCACAGGUACGGCAGUUUGGGCUGCAUCGACCCCGCGGUCCUCGAGCCUCUGCAGUUUGUGCUUCCACCAAGGGAGGUGCUACAGCCAGUACCAGAUGUCGACAUCGCCAGCGAACUGGGCAGCCUGACAUUUGAGACACAACUCAAAGAACCAGUAUCGGAUCCUGACGUCACCGUGGAGGCAGGACGUCCAGACCCGGCGUCAACCCGGUCCGGCCUUAUAGACUCUGAGCCGAGCGCUGAACUGACGGAGCUGAAGUCUGAGGAACGAGACGAAGAGUCGCUACAGGACGAAGACUUCUCUUUGGAGUAAUAAGUUGAUGGUGACUCUGGGAUCUGGUGAUGGAUGCGUCUUAUUUUGUGGACAUUUAAAUAAUAAAUUGAAAUUCCUCUCCUUC